GGCGAGUCCGUCGCGCGAGGUGGCAGCCAUGCCCCCAAAGAAGGCUCCGGCCAAGCGGCGCAGCACCGACUCGGGCGUGGAGCGCGACCGCGGAGCCCUUUCUCAGGAGAAGAAGGAUCAGCGCAUCGCGCUCUUCCUCAGCGACUUCGACCAGCAGGCCAAGGAAAGCAUCCGGGAAAUGAAGAAAGAACUCGAUUUGCUCUUGCAAAUGGCUGAGAAAGCGUUCAUGGUGGAACUGCUGAAGAUGCCGACUGCCAUCAGAAAGAUGAAAAGGAAGGACUUGCUUAAUUUGCAAGAAGGGGAGGAAGUGGCCCUUGCUGCUGCAGCGACAGAUUGUACCCUAGAAGAUGUACCAAACGCAAAAGUGACACGGACCAACAGUAAAAAAGUUAAGGUAACUACAAUUGUUGAAUAUGAAGAUGCCAAGUAUACAUCUGCAAAGAAAAUACCUAAAAAAGUAUCCAAAUCAAAGUCACUGGUUUCACUGAGCUCUGGUUUAAAUAGCAAACUGCACAGUCUUUCUAGGUCUGUUUACUCUUCCACAAGCAUAAAUGAGGCUGUUAAGACUCUUGCCCCUGACUGCAAUGCCACAAAUUUCAAAGCCACGCCAAAAGUAUCAAAAGGUGCUGGACUACAACAAGCUGUCUCAAGAACUUUACCUACCAGUGAAAGAGUUCAAGGCAUGAUACUGAGAAGUAAAUCAGUACCCCAAGAUAAAAUGGUUCCAUUUGUAAACAUUCCCUUGGCUGAUGGACAGACGCUCCGUAUGGCUGGUGGAGACCUCCGUAACUUUGAUGUUCAACUAUUAAAUCAAGAUACAGUACAGCACAUUCAUAACCUAGUGAGUGAGCUGACUGUAUUAUGUGGAAAGGCUACUGCUAAGUCAAGUUAACGGAACUGCCUUGCAAUGACAGAAUAUUCACAACUGCUCUUACCUUCCUCCUCUAAAGUGUUCAGAGAAUAUCUACAAUGUCUUAAUAAAGCUGUGUACUGCUGAAUAAAUAUUUUUACAUAAAAGCA